GUUCGGCUAGUCCUUUUCCUCGGAGCAGCGUGAGGAGCGUGUCGUGGUCUCCGGGUCUCCCGGCCCGGAAGCUAGUCGUUAAACAGCGCAGUACUGCGGCCCUCAGCGCUGUGGUUUCUCCUCCGGAGGCUGGGCCUCAGUCUCCCGAGUGCAUUUCCACGCCUGCCUGCCUGCCUGCCUAUUUUUAUUUAACAGCUCUACUGCAAAGAUGGUCAAUGUACCUAAAACCAGAAGGACUUUCUGUAAGAAGUGUGGCAAGCAUCAGCCUCACAAAGUGACCCAGUACAAAAAGGGCAAAGAUUCCCUGUAUGCCCAAGGGAAGAGGCGCUAUGAUCGGAAGCAGAGUGGCUAUGGUGGGCAGACCAAGCCAAUAUUCCGGAAGAAGGCUAAAACCACCAAGAAGAUUGUGCUGAGGCUUGAAUGUGUUGAGCCUAACUGCAGAUCCAAGAGGAUGCUGGCCAUUAAGAGAUGCAAGCAUUUUGAAUUGGGAGGAGAUAAGAAGAGAAAGGGCCAAGUGAUCCAGUUCUAAACUUUGGGGGGAGGGGGUUGGUAUUCAUUUUGAGGGGAAGAUCUUGAAGCUACAGAAUUACGUGAUGGAAAACUAAUAAAUGACAGAAAGUGCCCAUA